CGGCUUCCCUAAAAUGGAGCCACCUCCGUGUUUGCGCUGGUUCCUGGCUCCUGGAGCUCACCUCUGCCUGCCCAGGCUGUGGCUUUCCCUGGGAAUUGCCCAUGGCACAGGGAUGAGCCAAAUGGGUCUCAGAGAAGCCGAAAUACCCCAGUUAGCCAAAACCUCUGCUAAUGGUCUGGCUGAUUUUGAACCAGUGGCAGAGAGAAAUUGCUUUGUAUCCAGUAAAAACCUGGUGAUGCUGGUGGGCGACUCUGGGGUCGGCAAGACCUGCCUGCUGGUGCGGUUCAAAGACGGCGCGUUCCUCGCCGGCAGCUUCAUCUCCACGGUGGGAAUCGACUUCAGGAACAAGGUGCUGACGGUGGAUGGGGUGAAGGUGAAGCUGCAGAUCUGGGACACGGCUGGGCAGGAGCGCUUCCGCAGCGUCACCCACGCCUACUACCGGGAUGCCCACGCUCUGCUCCUGCUCUACGAUGUCACCAACAAAGCGUCCUUUGACAACAUCCAGGCUUGGCUGACAGAGAUCCAUGAAUACGCACAGCAGGACGUGGUCCUCAUGUUACUGGGAAAUAAGGUGGAUUCAGCCCAGGACAGAGUGGUGAAAAGGGAAGAUGGAGAGAAACUUGCCAAGGAGUACGGGGUGCCCUUCAUGGAGACCAGCGCGAAAAGUGGCCUCAAUGUGGAAUUAGCGUUCACAGCCAUUGCAAAGGAGCUGAAGCACAGGUCCAUGAAGUUGCCCAACGAGCCCAAAUUCAAGCUCCACGACUACGUGAAGAAGGAAGUGCGAGGCUCGGGCUGCUGCAGGUCCUAAUGCUGUUUGUACAGAGACUCUGGCCGUGCCCUCCGUGCUCCCGUGGGCAGUGUGUGCAUGUCUGUCUGUCGUGUCUGUGUCUGCCCCCAAGGUGAGCUGUGCCGUGGGCCAUGGAAGCAGCAGCAGGAGGAGCUCUCUGGGAUGCUGCAGCCGCGUGCUGGGCGCUGCUGCCCGAGCCCCAGCACAGCCAUGGGCGCUGAGAGCACUUGGCUCUGUCCCCUGGUGUUCCCGCCUGGCUCCCGGCCGGGAGCUUGGCCGUCUGGGAAGGGGCUGGGCUGGGCUGGGCUCUCCUCCCAGGGCCAGCUGUGCCCACUCUGUGAGGCUGCUGUUACCUUAGUGAGAGUCGUGCUACGACGCAGGGGAACCAACACCUUCUCCCCACCUGAAUUCCCCUUUCUUUCCCUGCAUCCCUGGAAUUCAGCCCCCGGCCUGGGGCGUGCGGGAAGGAUGUGUUUGAAGGCAAACAUUUUUGUAGUUGCUUUCUCCUGUCUGUGCAUCCCUGUGAGGUGGGACACCCCUCCAGGGUGAGGGAUUCUCCUGUUCCCUGCAAACACAGAGCUUGGCUGUCUGUCUGGAUGAGCUCCUGCAUACCUGGCUGUGUACAGAGAUUCCUGAAUGUUUAUCCCUUCAGGAAAGGCUUUGGUUCUCCUCCUUCCGCCGUUUCUAGUACUUUAAUUGAGAAGAAAUCUAAUGUAUUGCAGCUUAUUCUAAAUACCUUCCUGUAAGUGUGAUGGCGUUUUCAGAUGCAACAACGCUUUGAUAUCUUCAAAGUUCUCUUGGGCAGCUCUUUCUUUUCGCCGCAGAGAGCUGGGGGGAAGCUGCAGGCAGUGAUUUUACAGGCUGCAGACUCCUGCCAGCUCUCUUCAAGGGCCUCCUCACCCCUUUGGUCUGUGUCAGGCUUUUGGCUGUUUUUUUGUCAAGCUGCACUUCUAAGUACAAAUCUGAAUCUGGAUGAAGUGUUUGGCCUUUGGCAGUUUUUUCCUUUGGAAACUCCCCGCGCACAUCAGCAGGUGCCUGCUGUGCUGAGCCUCCUGGGCCACUUCACAUGAAAGGAAGUAACCCAUCCAUUGCCCUCCAGCCACUGCCAGCCCCCCAGCAGCUGGCUCAGACAGCCCUGCCCCUUGUUUUGCUCGGAAUUUUGGCUCCAGCACCCCCUUCCUGAUGGGCACAAGGAGCCUCCAAGCUCCUCUGUGAGCUGCAACAACACAAGCAGCUACAGCUCCACAGGAUGAAAAAGGAUCCUGAAAUGAACCUACUGAGAACAGAGCAUUUUUUUUCCUAGUUUUUUUUUAGGGAGAGACAAGUCUCAAAAUUGUCUGAUUUAAAUUUUAAAGUAAUCUGCAGAAAACCCAUUCCUGCAGGAAUGUUUGCAUUCCUGGCAAACCCUGCUGCCAGUCCCUCAGGAGCAGGCAGGUGAGGGAUGGCUGUCAGGGCCCCCCAUGUCCCCCCUCAGCAUCCCACAGAUCCAAGGGAUGGCCAGCACUGGCACAGUGGCCAACACUCCCACUGGAGCAGCAGCAUUGGUCCGUUCCUCAGCGAGCCUCUCCCUAAAAUAACUGGAGCAACUCUCUUCACCUGAAAAGUGUCAAUACCUGCUGCAGGUGCUCUCAAGAUUUGUUAGCAGGUAGCAGAGCCCAGGGCAGGCUCUGAGAGAGGCUCAGACAAGGAAUUGUGCAGGAAUGUGUAGAACUCGCUGUUCCAGGUGCCUGGGUGAGCUUUACUUUGCUCCCACUGCUGCUGUACUGAGGUGUCCCCAAUGCUUCUUAGAAUCCCACCCUGGGCUCUGCAGCAUUCACUUGCUGCCUGAGGAAAAGAGUGGGAUUUCAGAAGAUCUAAAUGCUUCCCUUUGGAGCAUUUCCAACCCACCUGUGGGGAGCAAACUCUGCCAGAGCAGAGCCCUCACAGCCACAUUUGUGGUAUUAGACCCAAGCUUUGAGCAGACAGCCCCAUCUCUCCCAGUCACCAGUUCCCAAUGUAGGACUGGUCUCCCAGUGCCUGCACAGUGGCCUGACCCCAGAGCUCCUCCUCACGUGGCCAUUUGGGAUUUUUCCACGGGCCUUUGCUGCCAUCACGCGAUGCUGCAGGAAUUGCUCAGUGCAGCAUUAAUUGUUUGAUGCAGCGUUAAUUGCUCGGUACAUUCAGCUCUCGUUUCUGCUGGCUCUUGUUUACAGCUUUUGGUUCGUUCCUGUUAAUAAAAUUUUUUAUAAUCUCUGUGGCUACAGCGGUGUUUUGAUUGUCUAAACACAGCAGCACAGAGCGCUCAAAUAGUUCACCUGCCUUGAACCCAUCUGGAUCCACAUGGCUGAACCACCAGGGGAUGUGACCCAUUUGGGUUGGAUAUUAGGGGAAAUUUCCCCCCAAAAAAGGGCUGUCCAGCCCUGGCACAGCUGCCCAGGGCAGUGGUGGAGUCCCCAUCCCUCGAGGGGUUUAAAAGCUGUGUGGAUGUGGCGCCUGGGAACAUGGCUCAGUGGUGGCCCAGGCAGUGCUGGGGGAUCAGGUGGACUUGAUCUUAAAGGUCUUUUCUAACCUAAGUGACUCCAAGAUUCCAAUGAAAGGGAGCUGGGCUGAGCUGCAGUUUAUUUCAAUACACCCUGGUCCUGCUGGGUGCCCAAAAAUAAAGUCAGUCAGUGGUUUUACAUGUCACUCAUGGGCUUUUUGAAUAACGGAGACAAAAGCCAAACAAGUCGUUGAAAACUUUAUUAACCUGCAAGCUAAAAAAUUGGUACAGCAGCAAAGAGUUUAAUGACAAGGCUGGAUCUGAGGCUGGGGCAAGAACACUGCUGGAAUAACUUGUUAUAUUCCACACAACUAAGCAGAAUAAAGAUUUAAAUUCUCGAUC